GAUCAGGGUAGGUCUGGGAGGGGUAGUGAUGGAGGAGGAGGAGGAGGAGUAGCAGGCUGUUUGCUGUUUGCUAUUCAGUGAACUCAACCCACGAGGCUUGGCUUGGUGCUCUGGCGAGGUGGCGGCGGCUGAGUGCUGCUGCUGCUGCUGCUGCUCCUACUACUACUACUACUACUACUACCACCACCACCACCACCACCACUACAACUACUACUACCGCUACUAUAACGUUGCACUACCGUCCUCGCCGCCGCCCUCCCUCCAGGACCCAGCGUGGUCUCGCCCGGAGCUCCGCAAGGACAAAUGAUCUCGCGAAUUGUAAGUUACCGCACGCCGCCAUGCAACGCAACGCACGCACGCACACACCUCGCCUCUUAAACGCGACCCACCCGCACUGAGCCGAGCCGAGCUGAGCAGCGCAGCGAGGCCGGGAACACAUGGCGAGAAAUACAUGAACCCCUCACAAACAGAGCGAAAAAAUACAGACCAUUCAAAUAUUUUCGCUCAUCCUCUCGAGGACACGAGUUACCGAGCGCCGCUACCACCACCACCACCACCACCACACCGCACUGCCUCGUCGCGGUUAGUUGGGGUAGUUGGUCAGUGUCCCGGCGGCGGUGCAGUGUAGUACUCGCGGCGCCUGGUACUCAGAGUGAAGCUACGCCACGUAUCGGAGUGUGUUGGAUUUCACGUCGGGCUGAGAUUGCACACUACACAGGGAAGGUGCCGCAGUGAGGAGUGACGCGAGGGAGUCCUGAGAGAACGCCGUGUGUGCCCCGUGUGAAGUUUGGGGUGCCGUGUGACAGGUUGUGGGCUUGUGGGUGCUGCGUGUGCGGGUUGGCCACGUAAAAGGGAGAUAAAGAAAAUUGUACUGGAAAUACUCGGGUUUGUGUGAACGAGGCAAGAAAGAGGAGAGGUACAGGGGACGCGACGCCACGAGAAAGUAAACAGUACGUAAUAGCGAAAGGAAAAGAAGAAUAGUAAUCUCGACAAGUCAUUAUCAACUGCAGGGAGACAAAAAAAAACAAAAAAAAACAUCAUAUUUAACCUUCUUUCAUUACGCAUUUUAAUUUCAACACACCCACACAAACAACAACACACACGCACUAACACAGAAGGAAAACGAGAGAAUCAAACGACUACCAGUCAAUAACAACUGAAAAAAAAAGACAAACACAAACAGCCACACACAUUCACCUUCUUACAUCACACGUUACUCAUACGCAAGAGAGAGAGAAGGUAAGCAUGGGGGCGGGAAGAGCUGGCAGGAUGCGUGGCUAGGCGGUGCUAGCGGUCCUAAAGACAAUCCAGAACCACGUGAUGGGAAAGGUGAGAGGGCCACCACAACACCACACCACCACCUCCACCACCACCAAGCUGCCCGCCUCCUCUCCUCACACGCCCGAAGCCCCGCCAGUGAGCGUCGCGGAAUCAUGUGUUUGUGUGGUGAGUGAGCCGCGCUUUGGGACCGAACAUUCAACACGUGGGAGAUUUUUGGGAUAGGAAGACUCAACAACAUCUAGCCAAGUACUUACUGCAAGUGCUGAGUGGCGGACGCGCACUGGAGGGCGUGAACAACUCAUCUCCUUAGAUAACCAACCAACACGGAUCUCUUCAAUUCACGAUGCUGUCCAUGAAUGACACAGACAUGGCGGGCAGCGGGGACUCGCCCUUAGUGGUGGAAGACGACUACAUUCUGAGCUCCAAUGAGAGUUACCAGAAGACCAUGGAUGAGAUGUGCCUGGAAACCUACAACACCACGAUGCCCACGCCCCGCCUGAUGCGCUUCGUGGUGUACGGCGUGCUGCUCACCUCCGUGGGGCUCCUGGGCCUCGCCGGGAACUUCAUCUCCAUCACCAUUCUCUCCAGACCCAAGAUGCAGUCCUCCAUCAACUGUUGCCUGAUCGGCCUCACCUCCUUCGACAUGAUCGUCACCACCACGUCCAUCCUGAUGUUCGGCCUGCCGGAGAUUUGCGAGUACACACAGACGAUGGAAUGGUACUCGCAGGGCAUCUACCAGCUCAUCACGCCCAUCAUCUUCCCCCUCGCCCUCAUCGCGCAGACGGGCUCCGUGUACCUCACCGUCACUGUGACCCUGGAGCGGUACAUAGCCGUGUGCCGCCCCCUCAGAGCACGCGUGUUAUGUACCUACGGCAGGGCGAAGAUAUACGUGAUGAGUGUGGCUUUUCUCUCCAUCCUGUACAACCUGCCGCGGUUCUGGGAGGUGACCACGAAGGAAUGUUUCACUGAUGACGAGAAAACCCUGAGAAUCGUGAUCCCUACCCAGCUAAGACUCAACUCCUUCUACAUCGAGUUCUACAUCAUGUGGCUGUACCUCUUCGUGAUGUACCUCGUCCCCUUCCUCUGCCUCAUGAUCUUCAACUUCUUCAUUUAUAGAGAGGUUCGCGCCGCCAACCACGAGCGGCAGCAGCUGUCCCGGCUGCAGAGGAAGGAGAUCGGGCUGGCCGUGAUGCUGCUGGUGGUGGUGUCGGUGUUCUUCCUGUGCAACGUGCUGGCCUUCAUCAUCAACAUCCUGGAACUCAUGGCCAUCGUGGUGGAGGAGCUCACCAUGACCAGCAACCUGCUCGUCACUAUCAACUCGUCAGUCAACUUCAUCAUCUACUGCAUCUUCGGACAGAAGUUCCGCAAACUGCUCCUUCAGAUGUUCUGCUCCAGUCUGCUACCCCGGGUGGCGCGGGAUUCCGAAUCUGCCGUCAUCCGCAACAACAGUGUAUACGGCGAGUCCCGCGCCUACACUAACGGCAAGACCGAGACCUUCCGGUUAUCGUCGUGGGACGCGUCGCAUCAGGGUAGGGUGCUGCAGGCACACAACACCCGCGGCCACCACGGCUUCUGUGGACAGUCGUGGCGCACCUCUCGUUACUCCAGCGUGCCUAUGGGAGACAACGCCGCCCCCAAAGCGGCGCCGUCACUCUUCUCAGGUACCAGGAGUCAGUCGCUUCUGCCGCAGCGUUCGCCCACAGAGAACGUACAGGUGCUCUGAGCUGUCUCCGCGCCGCCGCGUGAGGAGGCCGCGCUGCUGACGCGACUCGCUCCUUUCCCUUCCCGACUUUCGUGGACACUGACUUAAGUGAAUCUCAAACCUCGUGCUGUGGUACUUAAAAGAAUUUUUUGUAUCGCUUAAAAUAUCUGUAAGACAUUCUCGAUGCGCCGCGCCGCCAGAGGCUGGCCAGUCGGACGCCCUCCUUGUUGAGUCGGGCCAAGUGCGGGGGAGGCCGCCGACCCGCCACCGAGGGCUGCUCCCGAGACAUUCCACUUUGCCGCCUCGGACGCGCCGUGAUCCUACCCAGAGUGAACCACGACGCACGGAACACUGAUCCUCACAGGUCAGGCGGCGGCGCCACGAGGAGGAAGGGUGGGGGGAGUGAUGGGGUGACUCACCUCUGGGUCUGGGUGAUGGCACAUGGCUCAGCAGCUCCCAUUGGCACGGUGCCGCUGCCCUGCGGCGCGCGUGGCCUUGGGUAUGAAGUAACAUGUGCCACUUCGCCUGUCAAGAAGUGCCAAGCCACGUGACACACCUGCAGAGUGAAGUAGAGUGUCGCGUACACAAUGUGCCUCUCAGUGCAAGUGCAGACAGGAGCGAGGUCAGGAGAAGGAAGUGUUCAGCAGGACCUUUCUUCCUGGAAGCGACCCGGUAUCCUCGGAGACGCCCCUCGAGGUGACCCUGUGCCUGGCGCCCACACCUCAACCGAAACACCCAUCCCGUUGCUUCCCCUUCCCGUGCCGGGGUCUCACGAGUACAGGCAGUGAUGUUCCAUGUCAGAAAACAGAAACAGUUUCACCGCUAGGAAGACUGCUUUGUGUGGAGGCAUGAGUGAACACUGGUGUGGGGCGGCCCUGGGGGUGCCGGGGAGGGCUGAGGGCCGCCCCCCGACGCUGGCAGCAAGGCCAUGUUGCAGCAGCCGCUGAGGGGUGCACGCCCCGGGCCGGACAUCGCGGAGCGCUGGUCUCUGCGUUGUGUUGUGGGUGUCACUCUGGCGUGGAGUAUAUUUAAAACAUAUAUCUUAGAUUUUAAGGCUAUAACAUAUACAAGGUAUAUGUAUUAUAUCCAUUCCUUAUACACACAUUGUUCAUCUCAUUAGCAUAUCGCUGGUUAAACUCAUCAGAGGAGUUUGAUUCUUAUUAGCGUAAUUCAUAAAAAAGGCACCUAUUGGAUGAAAUCCCUCUAAAAGUAAUUCUAGUCAGAAGCAAAGCGAAAACAAAGGCAUUACUUGUGCGACUCUCAGCGCUCACUGCCGCUGCAGGCGGUGGCGCAGCGUGGCGGCGUGCUGAGCUGGGGCGCCGCCCCGUCCCGCCGCUGACUCGCUGCACGCCAUGCAGGCGGCAGCGGCGCAGCAUCAGCCUAACCUAUGAAUAGAGAGACUGGUGGAGAAGAUACGGUAGAAGAAAUAUUUUUUAUAGCAAUACGAAGCACCGAACAUUGGAAGGGAGUCUGGGGGGAAGUACUCGUAGAGAGAGGGAGAGGGGUCGGCGGGGUUGAGGGGAGGGGAGACACCAGUCAAGAACAAGAAGUUACUCAAUUCCUCAGUGUUUGUAGAACAAAAAAUAUCGUGUUAUUUUCAUUUCGCAAAAGAUUUUUUUUCCCUGUCGCGUGUUACACACACACACACACACACACACACACACACACACACACACACACACACACACACACACACACACACACACACACACACACACACACACACACACACACACACACACACACACACACACACACACACACACACACACACACACACACACACACACACACACACACACACAGGUUAUUAUUGACAAUCACGUAAUGUCAGGAAUCCAGCGUUUUGUUUUGUUUUUUCUUAUAUAUGUACACGAGUAUAAUAUUUAAAGAAAUAAGGAGUGUGUGUGUGUGUGUGUGUGUGUGUGUGUGUGUGCGUGUGUGUGUGUGUGUGUGUGUGUGUGUGUGUGUGUGUGUGUGUGUGUGUGUGUGUACAUAUGAGCUGCGAUGUGAUUUUAUUUUCGGAACUUUACACACACACACACACACACACACACACACACACACACACACACACACACACACACACACAUUCCAACAAGUUUAGUGUUCAAUAUAUACAUUUACAGUAUCUUACAAAGCCUCACCUGCGCGUAACCAACUUGCCCAAUUAAAAAAACUAAUGAGUAAAAUUAUUCGAGGUCCGAGCGAAAAUACUUGAAAAAUUCGACAAAUAGGAGCGGAAUAUAAGCCAAAGAGAUUAUCAUUGCAGUUUAAUGUACCCAAAAAAAAAAGAAAAAGAAAGAUGUAUACAAGAGAAAGGAAGAGGAGAGGGAAACGAGGAAGGGAAUAAGGAAGAGAGGGAAAGUAAGAAAGGAACUCUGGUGAUAAGAGAAUAAUACAAUGAGUGAAAUGCGUGGGAGUUUUUGUGACUGCAAUCCAGUGUUAUGUGAAAUUGAAGAUUGAUUUUUAUUUACUUUGUCUCAAAAUUUCGUGUGUGUGUGUGUGUGUGUGUGUGUGUGUGUGUGUGUGUGUGUGUGUGUGUGUGUGUGUGUGUGUGAAAGUGCGACGUUGUAUAGAUAGAUAGAUAGAUAGGUAGAUGGAUAGACGGAUAGAUAGAAACAUAAGCACGAGUAGACAGACAGAUCAACAAACACACACACACACACACACACACACACACACACACACACACACACACAAGUAGGUAGAUAGAUAUUCACAAAAAAGUAGAUCAAUAAAUGAAUUUGUACACAUUAUUUCCUAAACACCCUUCUCUACACACACACACACACACACACACACACACACACACACAUACAUAUCUCUUCACCACGCUACGACAACAAUGAUAACACACGGCCACUUCCCUCACUCACACCGCCAUGUGCAGCCACACAGUUACGCACGAAGGGACCCAAACACUACUUUACCUUGCCAUCUUAUCCAGUCAGCUCACCUUCUUACAGUUCCCUUCGUAUAGAGAGACAACCCGGCAACCCGCUCUCCAUUUUCAAUCUCUACAGUUCUCAGGUUAAGGAAAGAAGAGAAGUUACUAGAUAGAUUCAAAGGAACGUAGUAAACACAAAUGUCAUGUUGUAGGUUUGAUUCCGACAACUAUGAUCAUAAUUCUUUUACCUGAUAGAAUUGAAUCCCUUUUGUCCUCGAUUCUCGUACCGUUCAAAGAUUUUACAUGUAUAACUUCAAAGACACACUCAAAAAAAUAUGUCAUUAAAUCACAUAGCAAUCCUGACAAGCGAAUGCAGUUUGUAUAGUAGUUUUUUCUUAAUCAAUAUUCUUAUCAUGUCAAAUCGUAAACACACAUAAACACAUUUUUUUUUCUUUCUAUACUUUCUCUCUUUCAGUCCACUUAUAAUGUAAACUCCACCACGUGAUAUUAAGGAGGUGCUCUUAUAUAGCUUUUUGUCCUUCACUUUUUUGCGAGGACUAAUGAAUAAAUAAAUAAAUAAGUUUUAGACGCGCAACAAAUCACCACCACCCUCACUUUUCUUUUGCUCUCUCUUUUUAACUAUUUUCUCGGUCAAAAGUGGUGCGCAUCCCUGCCUUCAUAUAUUAGGGGUAUUUAAGGGGAGGGGCUUAGGUGAGGAAGAAGGGAGGGGAAGGGGAUGGGGUGAUGCAUUCCUUAUCUCCAGUUAGAUGUAGGAGUCGGAGGAGGAGGGGGGUAGAGGGUGUUUGUGUGCGUUGUAUUAUACAUGUACGUACGUUACUGGAGUGUUCUGUGUGUGUGUGUGUGUGUGUGUGUGUAGCAUUUUUUCUUUGUUUCCUUCCCUUUCUUUCUUUGUUUUCGUUUUUUCCUCCUUUCUUUCUUAUCCUGUCUUUUUUCAUGGACUAAUGUAACGUAGAAGAAAAUCAUCGUGUCUAUCACUUCUCUCUCUCUCUCUCUCUCUCUCUCUCUCUCUCUCUCUCUCUCUCUCUCUCUCUCUCUCUCUCUCUCUCUCUCUCUCAAGGAGGAAACGCGCGUACAUGCAGUAUAUAUAUAUAUAUAUAUAUAUAUAUAUAUAUAUAUAUAUAUAUAUAUAUAUAUAUAUAUAUAUAUAUAUAUAUAUAUAUAUCACAUUUUCAUAUCCAAACGCCGCGGCUUGUACCGAGAGACGCAGCAGCAGGAGGGGAGGGAGGCGGUGGGGGACACACACACACACACACACACACACACACACACACACACACACACACACACACACACACACACACACACACACACACACACACACUGCCUCUCAAAGGGACCAUUUGUACUACCAUAUAUUCACUCCACAUAGCCCCUAUAAGUAAGCACUGCGCCGCCCCUUUCCCCUCCCUCUCUCAAGCCUUGCCUGGGAGUAUGGGAAGGGAAGUGAAGUGAAGGGUGAAGUGGUUGGUGGCUUCAGUCCAGCUCACGUCUGACCACUCACUGCUCUAUUAUUGACAUAUUCUGAAACGUUUCUGCGCCGCACCUCGACUACUUUGCAAAGGAUGUACCCAGGUUCUAGAGGGUGUUUUUCUUUCCUUUUUCGUUUUUUUUUUUUUUUACGAUUUCAAUGACAGAUUAACAAGAUUUCUAUGUUAUCAACAGGAGAAACACUCUUGGGAACUCUACUAAUCAUCUCCGUGGCCUUUGAAAAUGGUCGUGGUGGGGGAGCGAAGCGUUCCACCGUACUCAUAUACGAGUACCACACGCUUCAUAAUGCCAUACCCACUUAUUCCCCCGCCAUAGUUACUGCACAUAUCUACGUACUCCUGUUAUGUUAUGGUUUGUUUGCUAGAUUAUUAUGUAGGUGAUGGUUCUUUUCGUUGUUGUUGUUUUUUUCACCGUUUUUACUUUUUAUUUUUAUAACUACAUUUCUGUUUUCUUCAUUAUUGCAGGUGUGAUGUUAUUCUCUCUCUCUCUCUCUCUCUCUCUCUCUCUCUCUCUCUCUCUCUCUCUCUCUCUCUCUCUCUCUCUCUGCCUUAAUUUUCAGCGUACAUUAAGUUGCUGCUGGUGAUAUAACGUUUUAAACUCUGUUUCGUGAAUUUGUUCUUUUCUGCUCAUAUAAUAAUAAUGAUGAUAAUGAUAAUAGUUUGUGUUUCUUGCAAUAGUUCGUUGUAGCAAUCUUUGUUCUUAUCCCCGUUUAUUUAUCGUUUAGAUUCUAUUUUACCCAGCAAUCUGUUUCCACGGUAAAUGUCCAGACAUAUGCAUACAGAUACACAGACACAUCUACUAUAAAAAAAUAAAUAAAUAAAUAAAAUGAAUAAAAACAUCAGCCAUCUUGCAGCUGUACUGUAUACUAAAACCUAAACACAAUAUGUAUAUGAUAUAAAUGUAACAGAUUAUAUACCUACCUACGCAAUAUAUUUUAUUAUAUAUAUAUAUAUAUAUAUAUAUAUAUAUAUAUAUAUAUAUAUAUAUAUAUAUAUAUAUAUAUAUAUAUAUAUAUAUAUAUAUAUAUAUAUAUAUAUAUAUAUAUAUAUAUAUAUAUAUAUUCAAAAGCACUCAUCAUCAUUUUUUUCUCUUUCCUUCCUUCUUUCUUAUGUAUCAUUGUUUCCUUCCAUCACCCAUCAUGUCUAAUCUCAUAAUUCGCAUUCCAUAUCAGUGAAAAAAUAACCAAUUAUUGAAAAGUUAAGUCGAAUGUGAAAAAAAAAAAAAUUAUCUCCACCACCACCACCACCAGUACUACCACCACCAUCACCACCACUACUACUUCACCGCCAUCACGUCCCAUUCCCAUCCACCCUGCCUACCAUACACCUCCCACAUAUUUAACGUUUUCUGUUCAUUUCUUUAAUAUUCCCUUCUUUAUGUGUGUAUAUAUAUAUAUAUAUAUAUAUAUAUAUAUAUAUAUAUAUAUAUAUAUAUAUAUAUAUAUAUAUAUAUAUAUAUAUAUAUAUAUAACCAGCCGUCGCUUUACCGUAUCCGCCUACCCACGCCAAGGCUCCACACACACACACACACACACACACUGAAAGGAGAGAACCCGCGUCCCUGUCUCUCUUGUGUCCCGCUAUUGGCUGCACUCCUCCUGAAGAAGUACCCAGUGUUAAAGGGAGAGAGAGAGAGAGAGAGAGAGAGAGAGAGAGAGAGAGAGAGAGAGAGGCCCUUCGCCAUGCAGGACACAAGAGCACAGGCAGGGGCGGCGUGCGGGCGGUCACCGGGGGCAGGGCAACGCCAGACACGCGGCCCCUAGGGAAGGUGGGGAGACAUUUCCUGGGAGCCGCCAUACACCCGUGCCUCGCCUUGCCCCAGGUCCACCACUCCUCCCCCUAACCCCUCGUCACCACACCAGGGAAGCCAGUGAGCCAGGAAGCCUACACGUGGUAGUCCCUGUAUCAUACCCUCCUAUUAUUCCUUUCCAUAAGUUGAGUCUUCUCUUAAAGCUCCUUAUUGACUCUGCACAGUCGAUGCUAUGUUUGUUCCAAUCAUCUGGCACACUAUUUGAGACUUAAUUUUUUUUCUGUAUCCUUUCCAUUACCUAUCCCUUUUCUUAUCCUCAGUUAUCCACUAAACACAUCACUUUCUCGUCCUCCUCCUGCAUCACCUGCACUCUUGUUACCUGUCCCAGUCCUCCCAUUACAAUGUAAUCCCCUUGCCUUUCUCACUCUGUCACCACCACCAUGAGCACACUGCAUCCCUCACUACACAUGCCCCUCUCUCUUUCGUCCUUUCUCUAGUAGUCCUCAAAAGGAGUUGGAUAUAUCCCUAGGGUGUAUAUCUAUCCUGCAUUAACCUCCAUAUUUUCCAGUAGGUAAAAAUAAGCCAAUAAAAUACAUUGAACUGAAAUCACCUGCACCUUGACACUGCAAUGCUGAAGUGAAUGGAGUCUUGGCGUAUAAAACAACCACCUAAAAAUAGAAUAUAUAUAUAUAUAUAUAUAUAUAUAUAUAUAUAUAUAUAUAUAUAUAUAUAUAUAUAUAUAUAUAUAUAUAUAUAUAUAUAUAUAUAUAUAUAUAUAUAUAUAUAUAUAUAUAUAUAUAUAUAUAUAUAAAACAUGAAUACUUAUUUUUUCACCAUCUUUAUCCUCUCGACUAUUCCUACCUUACCACCAUCACCACUCCCCCUAUCCUUCCCUCCCUCCCUCACUCUUCCAUUCCCCAUCAACACCACCACCACCAUCACCACUCGCCAACCGAAGCGUGUGAUGAGUGUGCUAUUGUUACAUGUAGCUUUGAAUGUCCACCACCACCACCACCACUACCACCACAUCACCGCCAAGACUACCGUCACAGGUAUACAUAAAUGAUUUAGUUUACUCGCUCACUGUACAAUGCGUUUUCAAUAGAAUAUGUAUAAAC